AUGCCAGCGCCACGUGUAAAAACGGCCAUUAAGGCACAAAAGAGGAUCGUAAGUCAAGAAAGAGUGGAAAACACUGGACAACACGAUCAUCCAGUAUCUCGAUUCUCGACUUAUGGAUCCGGCGAUCGACGAGCAUCCCUCGGAGGUGGCUCACGCGGGUCAAGGCGAACCGCGUGCACGUGCGUGUACACGCAAUGGCGCGAGAACACAGGUGGAUGGUUAACGAGCCCUGGGAAAUUUUUCACCUUUUCCCUCCUCCUUAUUCUUAUUUUUCCUCUUCCACUACUCGUUCCUCGUGUAAGAACUAGUUUCAUCGAAGUAGUCUUUUUGGUUCAGUUUGUAAUCGUGCACUACGCAAAUCGAUCUAUAGAUACGGAACGCGCGCAGUCCCUUUCUGAUCGAGAUACGGACAUGGGAACCGGUGCUAUACUCGGUGAACCUGCGAUAGGAAUGCGGGAGAAGCGAGUGGAUGCAAAGUUGUAUCGCGAGGAUGAAGCGUGUAACAGUUUCUUAUGUCUACGCCAGUGCGCGGGCCACGAUGCUCGGUCACAAUUUUCGAGGAGAGGAGAGGGGGGAGGAUUUCACGCGGGUACGUACACCUCCUACAGCGCGGCGUAUAGCAGCCGCUUGACAGCUGUCACCUCGGCCGAGGGGGCGACAAGACACGGCGAGGCGAGGCCCGGUGAUUCAUGCGCCACAGGGGGGCACAAGGAUCCGGCGACCUCCUGUCAAGGAUUCCUUCGUCGCAUACCAUGCGCUCGAGGUGACAUCGCGGCCGACUGAUUUAAUCGCGAACACACCGUGUUGCAGUCGUGCGCACGGCAUGGAAUUCGAGUCGCCCAU